AUGCGCUUCGCUACUACCUCCGCCACCGCUAUGGCUGUGGUUGCUUCCUCUCAAGCCAUGAACAUUUCGACUUUUUCCGACCUCGACGGAUCUGUGUGGCAGGCCCUCGCUCCCGUCGAGGCUAGAGUAUUUGAGGAUAUGUCCCGAAAUCGUCCGGUCAAGAGGCAAAGCGGCUGGAGCCCUCCUUCUCCUCUUGUCACGCCUCUGGAGGAGGUUUGGGAACACUGCAAGAGCACCUAUACCAACAGCCUUUUCGGCUUCAAGAACUUUGGCUGGGACCAGGUUGUUGCUACCAAGGGCACAAUUAAUGUCUGCGUUCGCUGGGAGUCUGGAGCCUCGGUCACAGAGGCUCAGCGCACCCAGGUUGCCAAGGCUCUGAACUCGGCUCACCAGGGCUGGUACAAGUGGCUCUACGGCUAUGACAACUUCCCGUACAGCAACAUCGAAGUCAAUGUCGUCGGCUGGGCCGUCCGCGAUAAGAGUCUUCUCCAAGGUUCGACUUCGGGCAUUGACGUCUACACCGACAAAGACGGCGAGGGUGCUCCCCAAUGCGCCGAGUCUUGCGGCCGUUUCUUCAAUCAGAACGGUGACUACAGCAAGUGCGCCGGUGGUGCCGAUCGCCACUACGACCAGUCUCUUUGGCUUACGGACGGCUUGAACGGUGGUGCUGGGGGUGACUGGGGUCAGCGUAUCGGCCGUGAGUACUUCAUGGGUGCUCUGGAUUCUGCCAACAUCCAUAUCCUCCAACAUGAGAUCGGACACACCUACGGCCUUGACGAUUUUUACGGUAUGUCAAGAUAG